AUGCCGCAAGUAUUCAAGAAGCAGAAGGUCUUAACGCCGGACCUCUCGUCGUUGUUCUCGCCUCUCCAGCUUAUCACAUAUAUUGAACAGAGUCGCAGGUUUGAAAAGUCUCUUUACGACCUGAUCAGGGGCCUACGGAAUCACAAAGGCAAUGAAAGGGAGUAUAUACAGCAUAGCCUUCGAGAAUGUCGCUCCGAAAUACGGGGAGCAGAUAUGGAUCUGAAAGCUACUGCGCUCCUGAAGCUCAUAUACCUCGAAAUGUUCGGCCACGACAUGUCUUGGGCGUCGUUCCAUGUGCUGGAGGUCAUGUCAUGCCCACGAUAUCUCCAAAAAAGGGUUGGGUACCUCGCGGCAGUCCAAAGCUUUCGUCCCGACACAGAGGUCUUGAUGCUUGCCACAAACCUACUAAAAAAGGAUGUGUCUUCCCCACUGGCGCCCACAAUGUCCUUACCUUUGGUGACUUUACCUCACAUCAUCACAUCCUCCUUGGCGCUUUCUCUUCUGUCAGACUUGUUGCCAAGAUUAUCGCACUCGAAUCCAAAUAUACGGAAGAAGACGGUCGCUACUCUGUAUAGGCUUGCGUUGGUAUAUCCUGAUACGUUACGGUCAGCUUGGCCGAAAAUAAAGGAUCUUCUCAUGGAUGAGGAUGAAGACUCGAGCGUCACAGCUGCAGUAGUGAAUGUUGUCUGCGAGUUGGGUUGGAGAAGACCAAGAGACUUCCUUGCCUUGGCCCCCAGGCUCUUCGAUUUACUGGUCGAUGGGGGCAACAAUUGGAUGGCCAUCAAAAUCAUCAAACUUGUGCGUGCGUCGACAUUAUGUGUUAUCUUCUAUGCUGACCGCCUCAAGUUUGCAACGCUGACACCAUUGGAACCUCGCUUGAUUAAAAAACUAUUGCCUCCUCUUACCAAACUCAUUCGGACAACGCCGGCCAUGUCACUCCUCUACGAGUGCAUCAAUGGCCUGAUACAGGGAGGUAUCUUGGAAGGUACGGAUGGGGCUAGAGAAGGGGAGGAGAUUGCUUCUUUGUGCGUCGGGAAGCUUCGAGGAAUGAUCGUCGUGGAAGGAGAUCCCAACCUGAAAUAUGUAGCACUUCUCGCAUUCAACAAGAUUGUGUCGUCACAUCCACAUUUAAUAUCCAUGCAACAAGACGUGAUCAUCGGUUGCAUUGACGAUCCUGACGUUUCAAUACGGCUACAAGCUCUUGACCUUGGUUCUGGCAUGGUCAACAUUGACAAUAUGAUAGCUGUCGUUGAGCGCCUUAUGCAGCAACUCCGUAACGCACCUAUUGCCAGUAGACGCGUUGACGAUGGUCGAAGUCACACCGUUAGUGUUGAACCUGCGGCAGACUCAGACGGAGAGGAUCCAGAAGAAACUCUGCGACCUACGGCAGAACCGCAGGAUGAGACUACUGCAUUGCCAGCCGAGUACAGAACCAUCAUUAUACAUCAGAUACUUGAUAUGUGCUCUAAGGACACAUAUUCAAACAUCACUGAUUUUGAAUGGUAUAUUGAUAUAUUGAUACAGCUGGUAAACUUGGUGCCUAUCACCGGUCAAUCUACCCCUGAGCUAUACGGAAGCAGUGGGCGCACUCUUAAAAACUCAUCUACGUCACAUGAGGCCGACGCAUCCAGUGCCAUCGGCUGGGAGUUACGUAAUGUUGCUGUGAGGGUGAGCACAGUGAGAGCAGAGGCUGUCAGAGCUGCAAAUUCUCUCCUAAGCGUGUCUGGGAGCGAAGGUUUCUUUGCUCUCAAAGGUGCUGGCGGCGAGGGCAUACUCACAUUCGUGGCUUGGAUUGUCGGCGAGUACGUUGACGGUUCCGUCUCAUCGUACCAUAGCUUGGAUUCUCUUAUACAUCCCAAGGUCCAAUCACUUUCGCCUAUGGUCAUUUGCGCAUACCUUCAAGCCAUUCCCAAGGUGCUUACCUCUAUCGUGUCGCAAAGAUUGCUCGAUUGGAGCUCUGAGCAUAAAACGAUGAUGUCUCUGCUAGUGGCGCGGGUCAUUCACUUCCUUGAACCCUUGGCAAUGCACCCAAAUCUUGAAGUUCAAGAAAGAUCUAUUGAACUUCUGGAGUUAAUGAGGGUGGCUUCCCAAGCUAUCACUAGCCACGGCUUAGAAAACGACCGUGGGCCUCUUCUCCUUACGCGAGCCAUGCCACAACUCUUCACUGGCUUCGAGCUGAACCCAGUAGCUCCGACCGCCCAGCGAAAAGUGCCUUUGCCGGAUGAUCUAGAUCUCGGAGCUCCUAUCAACAAGAGUCUUCCACGCCUUCUGCAGCUUGCAGACCAGGGUCCCCUAGCUGAAUCCGAGGCCGCGGAAUUCGACUCCUUUUACAAUAAACGCCCGCUCCCAAGAGUUGCCACUGGCCCGACCUUCAAUUCAUUAGCAUCUCUUGGGCCUGAACCAUCAUCAUAUCAGCAAACAGUAGACAGCAUCCCAGACACGGACACAGUUAUGCGCAAACGCAACCAACGGCGGGAGAGAAAUAAGGACGAUCCUUUUUACAUAGGAAACGAUGAUGUGUCUUCUGGUACCUCGACUCCGUUCCAUGAUAUUUUAAGGAGCGCAAACGGGGAGGACGUUGACGUUGAUUCCAUUCCGAUCAUGAACUUAGAUCUUGGGGACAAGACUCUGACAGCUGGUGGCUCUAAUAUGGAGACUCGAAGGCAGAAGCGCAGGCUGCCCAAGAAAUUUGACAUUGUAAAAGAUGAGAACAUCGAAUACGAAGAUUCAGGAGUGGCUCAAUCCGAAACAGCUUCUAUGGGCACGAUGAACGAUAACGGUCCAUUUCAACGGGCGCGUGACAAAACGAAGAAGUCUCUACUUCAGGUCGAUUCAAGAGGGCUAGGUAGCUUCUCACUUGACAAUUCUGAGAGUGUCGCUGAGCAGCUCGACAUCGAGAGACAAGAGGCGCAAGACACAGAGAUGGCCAAAGCGCUUGCUGAAGUAGAGCGUCUACGUCUAGAAAUGCAGCGCGCCUCUGAGCGUAUCCAAGCGACAGACGGGGCUCCGGCAGAGGGCACGUUGGUCAAGAAGAAAAAGAAAAAGAAGCUGAAGCAGCUAACCGGAGACAUAGAGGCUCAAUUCCGGAAGCCUAACCCGGAAGCUGAUGGCGGUCCAGUUCGAGGCUCUCAAGAUGCCGAUGCUACUCUUAUAGCAAAGAAGAAGAAAAAGAAGAGGAAAUCUGAGAUCACAAGGCCUGAUGAUGAGAAAGAAUUGAGAGCUUUUGAGGGUGGUCAAGAUGCUUCAUCUUUUCGAAGUCAAGCGGUGCUGUGA